AUGGAAGGUACCCAUAGGGACCUCAAGCUCAGAAAGUCUGCUGCUUCAGUGUCGGGAGGCACUUUGAGUUCAAUGGACCAGCUUCAAGCAGUUGCUCUUGGGUUUGGCAUUUUGUUGAGUGAGAGUAUAGACAAGAACGAACUGCAGUUCAAAACCCUCAAAAUCACGGACUUUGGGCUGGCGAGAGAAGUCUCCAAAACCACCAGGAUGUCUGCAGCAGGAACCUACGCCUGGAUGGCCCCCGAAGUCAUUAAGACAUCCACAUUCUCGAAAGCUUCGGAUAUUUGGAGCUAUGGUGUAGUGCUGUGGGAACUUUUGACUGGUGAGAUUCCAUACAAAGGGAUUGAUGCUCUUGCGAUUGCAUAUGGUGUAGCUAUGAAUAAAUUAAGGCUUCAUAUCCCUGCCACUGUUCCUUCCAAUUGGAGAAAUUUGAUGGAAAGUUGUUGGGAAUUAGACCCACAUGCUCGGCCAACAUUUGAGGUUAUUUUAAAGAAGCUGGAUGAGAUUAGCCGUUCAAACUUUACUCAAACACCACAUGAGAGCUUCCACACUAUGCAGGGCCAUUGGAAGGUUGAGAUUGAAGAAAAAGUCAAUGAAAUUAGGAUGAAAGAGAAUCAGCAGCAGAAGCAGCGGCAGCAGGGGCAAACCGCAACAGCUGCAUCAACACAGCAGGGGCUGAGAUCAUAUUAA